AUGUCGCUGAUCGAGCCGACCGACACGUUCGGGAACAGGGAGCCUCCCCCGAAGGAGGAGAACGAGCAGUAUUUGUUCCUGUUGGAGUUUUUCGUGUACGAGGUCCGGGGCGAGAGACUCGGCAAGCUGAACAGCAUGUUUUUCGUCCCGACGCGGGUGCGCUUGAAGUUCCUGAAGUUCGACGACGAGGAAAUGUCGGUGACGCCGGUGGACUUGAUGUUCGAGCCGCAGUCGGGGAUCGCCGAUUACGCGGAGACGUUCAACUCCGGCCGAUCGGUCAUGUUCGCCAUCGAGCGGGCCUCGGUGCUCGAUAAAGUGAUGGAUUUCACGUUGAGCUUGACGGUGGAAAAGAAAAUGCCGAAGGACAUGAGGCCCGACGUGCUGGUGGGCCGGGCCGAGGUCGACAUGAGCAAACACUUCGCGGCCCUGAGGAAGGAAAUGUUGCAAUGCAGCCAAACGAAUUAUCCGCCCCCGAAGGAGUUCGAGGGGACGGUGGAGCUCCGGGACGACGGCAGGGUCACCGGGAGCCUCGGCAUCUACGUCAGAAUUUCCGGCUUCGGUCAGUCGAUCGUCACGGAGAUCGAGACGCCGAAAAACCGGCCGGAAGCGAGCUCCUACGUCUUCAAAAGUCUCGACAAGGACGACAAGCAAUUGGCCUACGAUUGUCGCUUAAUCGACCCCGAGAAAAUGGACUUUUGCAAAGAUUCCGAGGGGGAGCGAAAGACCUGCCAGAUCUGUAUGCCGCAGCGACUGGACUGCUCGCCCUGCGAGGUCCCCGGCGGCGCCGGGAGGCGGCCGCAGGCCCCCCCGCCCGACGAGGAAACCGGCCCGGCGGCCAACGAGACUCUGAAAUCGCUUUUGCACGGAAAAAUCUUCACGCGGCCCUGGGACCCGGUCGCAGGAUCGCAACCCGCGCCGUUCCCGAGCCACCGACUUCACCGAGGCCGCGAACAAGUCGCACACUCGAAACUGCCGAUCCAAUCGAGCCGCGGCCCCCCCGAACCCUGCGGCAAGGCCGUCGUCCUCAAAGUCUCCGGCCUCCUCGACGUCGAAGACGCCGAUGGACGCCGGAAAAACCCAACCGUCACUCUCCAGUCGCGCUCCAUGGAGCACGACCCGGACCCCGAGCACGAUAUUUUCAUCCUCAGAAUCGGCAAAAAAGGCCUCGUCGGAGCUGGCGAAAAAUCAGACAUUCAACUCGAAAUGCGCACCCCCAAGGGCCCCGAGAGGCGACCGCCCGUCCGAUACGAAACUCGCGAAAUGCAAACCGACGAAUACGACGAACCUCCGGCCCCUGGCCAGCACUCCCGCUUGAGCAGGUCCAAAAAAUCCAAAUCCGCCAAGAAGAAAAACAAGAAAAAGAAGAAGAAGAAAUGA